AUGAAGCUGGCGCCAAAGGUGCGGCCCCUGCAUGGCUUCGCUCAGGGCGCAGCCUGCGAGGCACGGGCCGCACAGCGCUCGGGCGAGGGCAGCGCUGGUCUUUUUGAGGCACCUGCCAAGGGCUCCAGACAGGGCGCCGCCGUGGUCCGUGAGAUCCUGGCCCUCACGCGCUCGAUCACCGGCUUUGGCCGCUCCUCGCGCUGGCAGGAGGCGCUGCAGAAGUUUGCGGAGUUCAGGCAACAAAGCCUUCAGUGCGACGACGUGGCCCUGAACGCCGCCCUGAGCGCUUGCAGCAAGGGCGCAGCUUGGCUCCGAGCGCUGCUUCUUUUUGAAGAGGCCCGAACGGAACAUCUUCCGCCCACAGACGUGACCCACAACACGGUGCUCGGUGCUUUGGAGAAAGGCGCUGGAUGGCCCGAGGUCCUCAGCCUGUUGGGUUCCCUGGUGCUGGCCGCGCUCCGGCCGGACGCCUUCUCCCGCAGCGCCGUCAUCAACGGCUUCGAGAAGGCCGGGCAGUGGUCAAAGGCGAGGCAGCUCUUGGCAGCAGGCCUCACGCUGGGCGCGGCCGUGGCCUUGGUGCCGUGCAAUGGCGCUCUGAGUGCCUGCGCCCGGGCAGCCUACUGGGAGGAGGCUGUGGGCUUCGUCGAGGCCGCGCCGCAGCCGGACGUGAUCUCCUGGAACGCACUGCUCACCGCAAGCGCCCGUGCCGAGCUUUGGCUCAAAGCUUCGGCCAUUUUGGCGCACGUCACUGCUAUUCGUGUUCCGGCCACCGCAGUGAGCCACAAUGCAGCCAUGUCUGCAUCACAGCGGUCAGGAAGCUGGCAGCUCGCAGUGCAGCAGUUGAUGGCCUUCCAGCGCACAGCGCUGCAGCGGAGCGAGGUGUCAUAUGGGUCAUCCAUCAGCGCCUGCCGCCCUCCCGGCCAAUGGCAAGAGGCCUGGCUGCUCCUGAGCACCGCAGCCGCCGCAGCCCUGCGCUCGUCCGCCGUGCUGGGCAAUGCUGCCAUCUCCUGCUGCGACGGCGCGGGAUGCUGGUCUGAGGCCGCCGCGCUGCUGCACACGCUUCGCGAUUGGCAGGUAGAGGCCGACUCCGUUUCCUUCAACGCUUUGGCGAGUGCAUGCCGGCUUGUGGGGGCCUGGCAGAUCUCACUGCACUUCUGCCCUUCCGGGAUGCUCGCCGGGCCGGAUGCCGCUGCCUGCGGCGCUGCCGUGGGCUCCUGCGGGGCUUCCUCGCACUGGCGCUCCGCAGCAGAGCUGCUCAGGACGCGGGUCUUCAAGGUUCAGGGCAUAAGGGGUUUAGGGUUUUGGGUUUAG